CAAACUUCCGUGAAAAAGAGAGAGGAGCCGGAAGUUUGUGACAAAUGAUUUGAAUUUGCUUUCGUGAGGUAGUUCUGUUAGCUACUACCCAGCGAAGUGGGACUCCUUAAAUAGAAGAGAAGCAAAGUCUGAGCUGAAGACUAAAGGAAUUAAAUACAAGUAACUCCGUAUACACGAAGAUUUGUAGGCAUCAUUCACGCAAUGGAAUGGAUGCAGAUGAUCUGUUGCAGCGGUUUGACGGUCGCUCCAGGCUGCUUCUACGGUCGCUGCUGUCGGGUGUCAAAGCGGCUCGUAGGGCGCUAUGGGUGUUCCGCCGUCAGCGACGCUGUGAGCCAGACCUCUUCAUACACGCUUGCAUGGACACCCUGUGCCAAUACGAACCGUGUUUGGACGGGGAAGCUUUAACUAUGAGGCCGCUGGUGUGUCUUUUCCCUGUUGCUUUCAAACGCAAUCUGCUGUCCUUCCUGCACCUGGUCCACCUCAUGCUCCCGCGACCAAGCUUGGUCUGCCUGUUGGACUGCCUCAGUCAGGACCCCAGCCGCGACCCAUGGAUUCGGGCACUGCUUGGACAGCUACGUCGGGACCUGCAGCCGCAGACCUGCAGUAAGGACCCUCUGCUCACCCCGCAGGGCAGAGAGAGACUGGGGGAGCUGUGCGGGAGGCUGGCGUCCUGUGGCGGAUUAGGAGCCCGCGAGCGCUUUUCCUGGUUCAGCGGGCUGGUCCCUGUGGACCUUCCGGGUCCUGAGUCUGAGAGGAAGAGGACCAGUGAGAGUGCAGGGUUCGAUGUGGAUGGAGUGGCGAUCCGAAGCAAGAGGAGGAGGACGGACGGGGCUGGCGGGGGGAAGGCGCCUUCAGAAACCGAUCAACUCCAGCUGGGGUGGUCACAACUCACAGGUGAUAUUGAGACGGUUCCCAUGGAGACCGUUCCCACGGAGACUGUUCCUGUGGAGACCGUUCCCGUGGGGGGUGCCGUCGAACCACAGCAGCUAUCGGCUAUGGGUCCAAGUAGCGUUCUCCCUGAGCACAUUAAGGCUUCUGUUCCUCGAAUCAAGGAACUGUUGGAGACAGAGUGGGAUCAGGGCUCCUCUUCAGUCCUCCAAGUGCUGAACGAAUGUGACCCAUCCCAGGUGGAGCUUUUGUGUGAAGCUCUUUGUUUGUCGGAGGUGCCAGAGCAGACCCUGCCUCAGUUCAUCACCUCACUGCUGGGCCUGUCUCCAGACCUCAGCUUCAGCACGGCCGCUACGCUAAUCCGUAGCCUCUUCCUGGGAAAGGUUCACAGUCUGUCAGAACCUGCUUCCCGUUGCCUGGUUACAGCAAUGACCUCACUCUGCAACCGCUACCCCCGCUCGACCUGUUUCACUCUCAUUGGCCCGGUCCUGGAGGCGGGGCAAACGGGCAGUGCACAGGCUGAGCUGCUCUGUAGGCUGAUUGAGGACUGCCUGGAACCCCAUUAUCAGAUCCUGGUGUUUGAGCGGGCGUUGGCAGUGGCGUGGAGCGAGGGCGUGCUGUCCGUCAUCCACACCCUGCUGGACUCUCAGCUGGAGCUCAGCGCGGACACGUUCUCUCUCUUCACCACCCGGCUCAGUCAGCAGGCACCUCAGUUCACCACCUCUAUGAAGUUUGCGAAGAUGGUCUUGACCGUGCUCACCAAGUACCAGAGCCAUGUGAAUGCCACACACAAGCAUUCUCUGGCCUGCAGCCUGGACCUGAAUCAGACCUUCCUGAAGAAGUCCCUUCAAGCUGCCUUGAAAAGAAUCAGCCCAGCUUAACGGCCCAAAGAUGGCUGAUCUGCGGUGCAUUCUGGGGGAACUGAAGAGGAUCGGCCUGUCCCAACAACCAAAAGACUGGCUGAGCUGCAGCACAUUCUGGGGGAACUGAAGAGGAUCAGCCUGUCCCAACAACCAAAAGACUGGCUGAGCUGAAGUGCAUUCUGGGGGAACUGAAGAGAAUCGGUCUGUCCUAACAGGCCCAAUGACUGACUGAUCUGCAGUGCAUUCUGGGGGAACUGAAGAGGAUCAGCCUUUCCUAACAGGCCCAAAGACUGACUGAUCUGCAGUGCAUUCUGGGGGAACUGAAGAGGAUCAGCCUUUCCUAACAGGCCCAAAGACUGACUGAUCUGCAGUGCAUUCUGGGGGAACUGAAGAGGAUCAGCCUUUCCUAACAGGCCCAAAGACUGACUGAUCUGCAGUGCAUUCUGGGGGAACUGAAGAGGAUCAGCCUUUCCUAACAGGCCCAAAGACUGACUGAGCUGCAGUGCUUUCUUAACUGGGGUCACUUUUGGCAGAUCUCUCAUCCAAACUGUGUCUCCCUGCUUGAUGUCAGCACUGAAGAAUGAGAAGCACUGUUUUGAAUUUUUAACAGUUCUGUUAAAAAAUGAAAGUUGAAACCUCGUAA